AUGACCUCGUCGGUUCAGAUCCAUUUGGCGAAUGACGCAGGAGGGGAUUUUGCUGAUGCCCAGAUGUCAUUGAGUGCUCGUCCGACUUUAUUUUCGUUUUAUAGGGAUCACCCGAUGGCCACCGUCGCGGCAACGUAUGGGAAACUUGGUGACUACCAAAAUUUCACAAGAAGCACUUUGAAAGGUUUAAAGCCUUACUUCCCCGACAUUAUCCAUUAUUUAGUUGUUUUGGCCCUCGCUCCUCCUCCUUCCAACAUAGACAGUCGAGCAAAACGAAUUGCUGAACAGGAAAACAUUCAUCAACUGCUACAGCAAUGUCGAACCAGUCAACGUGGUGCAGCUUGUCAGGUAAAACCAACUGUUUCCUUAGACUUUCGUUUCUUAGUCUGGUCCUGUCUGGUUCGUUUGCCUCCAUCUGGGUGA